UGGCUCGGUCACGGCCUCGGCCUCGGUGACGCUGCCGGGAGCGGCGAGCGCGUGGAACGCGAGAGCAGCGCGCGGAUACUACAAUCGAGUGGCCUAGCUGUCGAGAGUGAGGAAAGCAUCGCGAGCUGCCAGUGCGAGUCGCGCGAGACGGAGAUGUCUGCGACCUAAGGUGCUCGACCGGACGUGUCUCGGCCCAUUUCUAGCGAUUGCCCACGAUCGCGAACGAUUGCUGGCUAUUGCUGACGAUGCCCUUUUCCCACGAACUUUUCUUAGAGCGCGUGUGACUAUCGAGCACUCGGUGAGAGAUGUUUUCGUCGCCGGCGUCAACGGUGGGCGAGCCGUCGGGCUACGACUUUCAGAAAGAGGAGAAUGCUGCCAAGUGGAAGGGAGUGUUUGUCAACUCCCUGCGCAAGGUACUGGAACAAGUACAUCCUAGUCUCGAAGCUCGCCAAGAUGCCUUAGAUUAUGUGGAAAGUUUAAUUUUAAGAAUGCUAGGCAUGCUUUGUGGACAUCCACCUCCGCAGACUCCUCAAGAUGUAGAGGAACGAGUAAGACGGACGUUUCCCACGCCCAUUGAUAGAUGGGCUCUUCGUGACGCGAGGGACGCUCUGGAGAAAGGGAAGAAGAAGUCGCCAUUAGUACUACCAGUCGACAAGAUUCAUCAGUUAUUGCAAAAAGAAGUAUUACAGCACAAAAUUGACUCGCAAGUUAGCCUGUUUGUAGUCGGCGUUUUGGAAUAUAUUUCUGCUGAUAUUUUAAAGCUAGCUGGAAAUUAUGUCAAGAAUAUUCGUCACGUAGAGAUUUCGUGCGAAGACAUAAGGGUCGCGAUGUACGCAGAUAUGGUACUGAUGGACAUGUUUUAUCAAGAUGAUUGUACAGAGGGUCCGCAAAGUAGCUUGGGUGCAGUUGUUUCGCAGACUUAUGAAGAGUCUGUUCGAGAUCUCAUUCACGAUGAACGACAUUACAUCCGUGACUUACAUAUGAUUAUCAAGGUAUUUCGCGAAGAAAUUGCCAAGUUAGCGCAAGAUAAGAGCGAAGUUGAGACGCUUUUCAGUAAUAUUACAGAUAUUUAUGAAGUUACUAUGACGUUACUUGGCAGUUUAGAAGAUAUAAUGGAAAUUAUGGAAGAGAAGCAAACGCUUACAGUUGGUUCGUGUUUUGAAGAAUUAGCGGAGGCAGCAGAAUUUGACGUUUACAUAAAAUAUGCGAAAGACAUUAAUAGUCCAGCUUGCCGGGAGGUUUUAACAAAUUUAUUAUCAAGACCGGAAGCUAGUACGGCUUUGCGGGCAGCAGGCCAUGGUUUUAAGGAGGCUGUUAAAUAUUAUUUACCAAAACUUUUACUGCAACCUAUAUGGCAUUGCUUCCUGUAUUUUGAUUACAUAAAGGUUUUACACAAGCGCACGCCUAAUACAGAAGAUGGUGAAACUCUAGAACAAGUGCAAGGUUUGUUAAGACCAUUACAAAUGGAAUUAAUGCAAUCUGUAGCAAUUCUUCCGAAAAAAGAUACGGGCUUGCGAAUGCAGAGCAGAGCAAGAAGACAGGCGGCAUUAGAGAAAACUAAUGAACUACAAAAGACUGUCGACGGUUGGGAUCAAAAAGAUAUCGGGCAGUGUUGCAAUGAAUUUAUUAGAGAGGACACAUUGAAAAAGGUGGCUAGUAAUGGACGAAGAUUAACGGAAAGAAAAGCCUUGUUAUUCGAUGGUUUAUUAGUAUUGUGUAAACCAACUGGUAGUAAAAGAGUCAGUGUUACUGUCGCAGCAGGUAUCGUUGCAGUCGGAGUAGGUGGACAUUCGACUCAUCAAGGUGAACUCCGACUGAAAGAAAGACUUUUUAUUAGAAAAGUUGAUAUUAUUGAUAGAGAAGAUACUGAAGAAUUAAAAAAUGCUUUUGAAAUUGCACCAAGGGACCACCCUAAUGUUAUUCUCGUUGCCAAAUCUGUCGAAGACAAGAAUAAUUGGAUGGCGGAUUUAGUGAUGUUGAAUACAAAAAGUAUGUUAGAAAGAACUUUAGAUAGUAUCCUCUUGGACGAGGAAAGAAAGCAUCCAUUGAGGCUACCUCCCCCUCACUUGUAUAAAUUUGCUGAACAAGAUAGUCUGGAAAAUAUUGUUUUGGAGGCCAGGGAAAAUGGCGGCGUUCCCUUGAUUAAGGGCGCAACUUUGGUAAAGUUGGUAGAGAGAUUAACUUAUCACAUAUAUGCUGAUCCAGCUUUUGUAAGAACAUUCCUUACUACUUACAGGAGUUUUUGCUCACCUCAAGAAUUAUUGACAUUGCUAAUAGAAAGAUUCGAUAUACCAGAUCCUUCGUUAGUAUAUGGUGAAGAAGAAAAUCCUUCCGUAUGCAAGAUAGCUAGAGAAGAUUGGAAAAGAUAUAGGAAAGAAUUUUGUCAACCGGUGCAGUUUAGAGUUUUAAACGUUUUAAGACACUGGGUGGAUCAUCAUUUUUACGAUUUCGAACGUGAUAGAAAUCUUUUGGAAAGAUUGCAAGUGUUUUUGGAUACAGUUAGCGGUAAAUCUAUGCGGAAGUGGGUUGAUUCGGUGAUAAAAAUUGUGCAAAGAAAAUGCGAGCCGUCGGAACAACGACCUAUCACAUUUAGCUUUGAACGAUCUCCUCCACCGAUUGAGUGGCACCUUAAAGUUCCUGAGGACGAAUAUGGAAUACUUACGUUACAUCCUAUCGAAUUAGCAAGACAAUUAACACUAUUGGAGUUCGAUCUGUAUAGAACAGUAAAGCCUUCCGAGUUAGUCGGGUCUGUAUGGACCAAAAAGGAUAAGGAAAAAACCUCACCAAAUUUGCUGAAAAUGAUUAAGCAUACAACAAAUUUCACAAGAUGGUUAGAAAAGACAAUAGUAGAAGCUGAAAAUUUCGACGAGAGACUAGCAAUUAUAUCACGUGCAAUUGAAAUAAUGAUAGUGCUGCAAGAUCUCAAUAAUUUUAAUGGCGUUCUUGCCAUUAUCAGUGCUAUGGGAUCAGCUGCGGUUUUUAGAUUAAAAUUUACAUUUCAGCAAUUGCCAGCACGAUUAGAAAAAGCGCUGGAAGAAGCACGAGAGCUCAACAACGAUCAUUUUCGGAAGUAUCAAGAAAAAUUACGAUCUAUCAAUCCACCUUGCGUACCAUUCUUUGGUAUGUACUUGACUAACAUUCUGCAUAUUGAAGAAGGAAAUCCGGAUUACUUACCGGGAAGUCCGGAGCUUAUUAAUUUUAACAAACGUCGAAAAGUGGCAGAAAUAACUGGUGAAAUACAGCAGUAUCAAAAUCAACCCUAUUGUCUUUUAGGAGAGUCUAGAAUAAGACAAUUUCUUGAAAACCUAUGUCCUUUUGAUCCCAAUAUGAAAGAUGCGGAUAUAAGCAAUUUUUUGUAUAAUAAAAGUUUAGAAAUCGAGCCAAGAGGAUGCCGGCAACCUCCACGAUUCUCGCGUAAAUGGCCAGAGUUGAACUUAAAAUCGCCAGGAAUUAAAGCUAGAAGUGGAAAAUUACCAGCUCCGUUACAAAUGGUAGCGGCCAAAUUACACGAUUCUCCAGCAGACAUAACGCCCCACGAAUUACCGGAAACACCUCCACAUGGAAUACAAAUGACUUCACAAACAGGGGACCAUAGCGGUUUUAUGCCUGUAUUCACACCUACGCCACUUCCAGCAUCACCUAGUCCACCCAGCAUGUCGGCAAUUUCGAUUCCUUCGUCGAGUAACAGCCCUCAAUCUCCUGGACAAUCUUUCUUUACUGUGCAUCAUCAAAGUGGAAGUCCCAGCGCAAUACCAACACCGUCGUCUCCCAAUGAUACAUCUGCUGGUCAACUUCCACCACCUCUACCACCUAGACCUAAACGACGAGAAAAUUCAUGUAGCGAAUCACCACAGGCAAAACAAGGUCCAAACGCACCAAUUCUUCCUCCGAGAGAUGAUAUCUCACCACCGCCGUUACCACCACGAGUUCCAGCGACGCUAAACGCAAGUAAUUCAACAUUAUUGGCGCGUCGAAAUUCCACGUUAGAAAAUACAUGCUGUACUCAUCCACGGAGACAUACGUCUUUCAAUAGCCCCAGCCCCACAAAACUUCCACCAACGCAACCGCAAUCGCAACCGCCACCGCCACCACAACCUAACGGAUCAGUGACACCAAGGUUACCACCAAAACCUGUACUGUCACGCACUCCACCUCCUCCCAACCAUUUUACUUUCAACCAUCCUCCGGGACCUAGUUAAAUGUUACCUUUCUCACAGUUCUAUUUUUUUACCUUGUUGACAAAAAACACUUUCAGACGCAGCUUAGUCCAUUCAGUAAGUUAAAUAAAGCUGCAAUCUUCCUUGCCGCACAAAUUGUAAAAAAUAUCUAAUAAAUUAAUGAAUGAUUCCACACAAGUAUUCAUUAAACCAUUAAAUGUGAAAAUAUCAAAAAUAUUCAGUGGCGACUUGAUAAUUUUGAUAAUUUCGAUAAAUUUUAAAGUUUGUUAUUUUGAAAUAGCAAUACUUGGUGUUCACCCAUUUUAUAAUCUUACUGAAUAGACUAUGCUCAUUAUCAGUUACCUGAAUGGCUUCCUUCCGUUAAAUCCCCGUCUCUCCUUCAAACACAACUGUGAUAUAGUAUCCAUAAAAAAUAUAUUAAUGUAAUUAGACACUUAGAUUUUUAAGUAAUAGACGUAAGAACAAGUGACGUGUGUAUCGAGAUGAAUACAUAUAUAUACAUAUACAAACAUGUAUACAUAUAUAUAUAUUGAAUCAAUAUCAAGAAAAGCGCGUACAUGGAAUAUAUACAUAUAUAUAUAUAUACACGGAGGGAGAGGGAGAGAGAGGGGGAGAAAAUACAUGUAUAUUAUU